GCGCUUCCCCGCCCGGGCCGGCGAUGGAGCCUCCGAGCGGCGCCCUUCCCUCCCGGAGCCCCUCCUCUCCGCCGCCUCCGCCGCGGGAAGAAGCAGCCCCCUCCUCGCCCUCACCGCCCUGGGCCCGGCUCUCGGCCUGGCUGGAGUGCGCCUGCGCAGUCACCUUCGACCUGGAGCUCGGGCAGGCCAUCGAGCUGGUCUACCCGCCGGAGCCGGCGCUCAGCGAGAAGGAGAAGACCAGCAUCUGCUACCUGGCCUUCCCGGAUUCCUACUCGGGGAGCCUGGGGGACACGCAGUACUGCUUCCGCUUCCGCCAGUCCGGGUCCCGCCUCCGGGAGCGCCCCUGGGCCCAGAGCGCCACCGCCUGCCGCAAGGAGGCCCCCGCCGCCCUGCAGCAGGAGACGGCCCACUACUUUGGCUACGUCUACUUCCGGCAGGUCAGGGACUCCUCCGUCAAGAGGGGGUACUUCCAGAAGUCCUUGGUGCUGGUCUCCCGCCUGCCCUACGUGAACCUCUUCCAGUCUCUGCUGCAGCUCAUUGCCCCGGAGUACUUUGACAAGCUGGAGCCCUGCCUGGAGGCCGUGUGCAGUGAGAUUGACCAGUGGCCCCCGCCGGUGCCCGGCCAGACGCUGAACCUGCCUGUGAUGGGCGUCGUCAUUCAGGUGCGGAUCCCCUCCAAGGUGGAGAGGCCCGACGCCAGCCCCGUGCUGCCCCUGAAGCAAGAGAACCUCCUCCCGGCCCCGCUCCUCCUGCCCAGCGCCUGUGAAGUGGACCUCUUCCGGUGAGCGCUCCCUUGCCUUCCUUGACUCAAUAGGGCUGGGCUGGGGGCAGGUCU